UUUUAGCUGAAGCAAAGUGGAAUGAUAAAAGAGCAGCAGUAUUAUCUUAAUGAUUUUUCGUACUUCUGAUGGAACGAGUAAAAGAUAAAAUAUUUACCCGACCGAUUGUCUAUGGAAAUACUGCCCAUUAUUUGGGUAAAAAACGUGAAGAAGAUGGGCAUACUCAUGAAUGGACGGUAUUCGUAAAACCUUACUACAACGAAGAUCCGUCAAAGUAUAUCCGGAAAGUACAAUUCAAACUGCACGAUUCAUAUGCUAAUGCAACACGAAUGAUCGAAAAACCACCAUAUGAAGUGACUGAAACAGGUUGGGGCGAAUUUGAGAUUCAGAUUCGAAUAUAUUUUGUUGACGUUAAUGAAAAGCCGGUAACAGCAUUCCACUAUCUUCGGUUAUUUCAACCACAGGUUACACUACCUAAUGGUAAAACGAUGGUCGCUGCGGAAUAUUACGAUGAAAUCGUAUUUCAAGAACCGACAAUGCCAAUGUAUAAAGUGUUAUCACACUUAGAGGGACGCAAAGCUGAACCGAGACGUUUUCAUACUGAUUUUCCUUUUGUGCGUAAACGAACCCAAGAAAUGAUCAACAAUGCGAGAAGUGAAAUAAACAAAGAAAUUCAAGAUCUGAUGGAUUCAUUGAAAGCUGCUCAUGAUUUAAUAGGCAAAUAUUCGAAAGAAGUUGAUUCAUUGGAAGCUGCUGCAGGAAACGCUGAAGAUGGUACUUUUGCAUAUGAAAAUAGUGGACAAACUGCAGUAUGAUAGAACUUAUCUAACGUUAUACUUUAGUUGAUUAUCGAUGUACUAUCAUUCAUGUUAUCCAUAUAUUAUCUGUAUAGCUAACACGUGUCCAGUUUCAUAAACUUUGACAGCACAUGUAUGAAGUGCACCUGUCAUCUUUUUUCUUUUUUUUAAAUUCAUUUUGAGCAAUACUUAACAGUGUAUUGA